CAGCAAGGGCCUAUAUGGAUCAGAUGAAUAGCUAUAAAGAAUGUACCACAUGCAGUAUUUGUGACACAGGUCAUGGUCUCUUCGUCCACCAGCCUUGCACUAGUGUAAGCAACACAGUGUGUGGAGUUUUAAAUGGAUAUUUUUGCACGAGAUUCACAGACAAUGGUGGUUGUAGUUUGGCGUUCAGACACACAGUGUGUGCACCUGGUCAGCAGAUGAAACAAGCUGGAACCAACAGAACCGACACAGUGUGUGAAGACUGUCAGUCAGGCUUUUUUUCUCUGGAUGGUGUCAACUGCACAGCAUGGAAAGUCUGUGAAGAAACUGAAACCGUGGUCAAAGAGGGGAGCUCCAGCCAAGACGUCAUUUGUGAAAGAAGUGCAGGAAGAAUUCAUCACGCUACACUUGCAUCUUUCUUAUUGUUGGUGGUGGUGGUGGUGGUGGUCAGCCUGAUCAUCAAAGGUAGAACACAGGAGAAGUGCAGACCCUUCGCCCGGAAUACCGGUUCUGCACGUCAAGUUACACAUGUCUGCUCUCACUUGGGACAUCAAUGAUCUGACGGGAUCAGACGUAUGAGAGGCUUCUGGGGAAGAUAUACAUGUGGAAAAUGGGAGAAGACAACUGAAAGUACAACAUAGCAAAGUGCUUUUGGUGUGGAUUAUUCUAUUUUCAGCUGUGGCAAUGCUAAGCCCUGUCAUCCCUGAACUGGACUAUGCAGGUUCAAAAACUGGAUGGUUCAAAACUUUGAACCAUGAUGAGAUGAGAUUUAUUGUCAUUGUCAUUACACGAGUGCAACAACAACAAAAUUACAUUUACACUCCAGUUACCUCAUACAAGAUACAGCAAUUUAUCCACAAUUAUUACUUGUUUCCUGUAAU